AUUUUUCAUGCUAGCAUCAUCUCUCUCUCUCUCUCUCAGGUCGGUGAUCAUCAUGGAGACACAGACCAAAGCAAACGAAGAAGAAGAGACCAACAUGGCUGCUUGGCUUCUGGGUGUCAAGAACCUCAAAAUUCAACCCUACCAUCUCCCUCCUCUUGGUCCUCACGAUGUUAAGGUCCGGGUAAAAGCUCUUGGUAUCUGUGGAAGCGAUGUUCAUCACUUCAAGACAAUGCGGUGUGCAAACUUCAUUGUCAAGAAGCCAAUGGUAAUAGGCCACGAGUGUGCUGGGAUCAUAGAAGAAGUUGGGACUGAGGUGAAGUCUCUGGUUGUAGGCGACCGUGUAGCCUUGGAGCCCGGAAUCAGUUGCGGUCAAUGCCGUCACUGCAAAGAUGGCCGCUACAAUCUUUGCCCGGAAAUGAAAUUCUUCGGAUCUCCGCCAACUAAUGGUUCUCUUGCCAAUAAGGUGGUGCAUCCCGCACAUCUGUGUUACAAGCUACCGGAAAAUGUGAGCUUGGAGGAAGGGGCAAUGUGCGAGCCCCUCAGUGUUGGUGUCCACGCUUGUCGCCGAGCAAAUAUCAAUCCUGAGACCAACAUACUCAUAAUGGGAUCAGGGCCGAUAGGCCUCGUUACCUUAUUAGCAGCUCGUGCUUUUGGAGCUCCGAGAAUCGUCAUCGCUGAUGUAGAUGAGCACAGAUUGUUGAUUGCGAAAAUGCUUGGCGCUGAUGAGGCGGUUCAAGUCUCAACAGAUGUAAAGCUCGUGGAUGAAGAAGUGGCACGCAUUCAAAAUGCAAUGGGCUGCAACAUCGACGUGAGCUUCGAUUGUGUUGGCUAUGACAAAACAAUGACCACAGCUUUGAAUGCGACUCGUGCUGGUGGCAAAGUGUGCCUUAUCGGAUUAGCCUUGAGCAAGAUGACAGUUCCUCUUACUCCUGCAGCAGCGAGGGAGACUGAUGUAAUAGGCAUAUUUCGGUAUAGAAACACAUACCCUCUCUGCAUCGAUUUCUUACGGACCGGCAAGAUCGACGUGAAGCCUUUGAUAACCCACCGCUUCGGAUUCUCGCAGGAGGAGAUUGAACAAGCCUUUGAGACCAGCGCUCGCGGCGGCAACGCCAUUAAAGUCAUGUUUAACCUGUAGGAAGUCAUGUUUAGUACCGUUGGAUAAAUCUGAACAUGGUUAUGUUGUCAAAGAAGGCCAAGGCCCUCAUCCAAAACUUGCUCAUCAGAGAUUGCGAAGUACAAUUUUAGGCCCAACAUAGCUUGAAAAUGAUAUUUGAGGAAGAUGACAUUUGCUUGACCAA